AACUCCAAUAACAAUAUGUUGUGGAAAGCUAUGGAGGAGGACUGCACGGACUUCGAGGGCCGCACGGUGGAGCAUGGUCUACUGUAUGUGCCGGGUCCCAGCCCCUGCUCGCUGUGCGUUUGUUACCACAGUGAGCCCAUGUGGUGUAGGGCGAUCUACUGUGACCCGCCAUAUUACUGCAAACAGUUCAGAGCUGGCAAACGGUGCUGUGAAUUUGAGUGUUUGGAUGAUCUUCUUCCUCCUGGCUUUGGAGACAUGGAAGACUCCAGUUCAACAGCUAUCUGCAAUCACAUUCUGUUAAUAACAUCACUUUUGAUAAAAUUAUGGAGGUAACUACCUCAGCAAAGAAACUGCAGUAUGUGACAUAUUCCACUGUUAGUCAUUAAAAUUUUUAUGGUGCCUCCUUUACAGAACAUUGAAUGAAGUAAUUCAUUCACAUAUCUAAGUCUUAUCCAGGUAUUUACAAAAAGUCCAUAAUUUUUAAAAUUAUUAUAAGAAUCACAUGAAUACCACUGUGUUGUAAAACUUUGACAUUCUGUACCAAAUCUCCACUGUUUGACAGAGGGAGUAAUUAAGUAAAGCAACAAUCUUUUAACUAUCCUGUAGUCAUAUCGACUUCAUUAAUCUUGUAAGUUCUCACAUUAACAUGCUAGUAGGCUUAUAAUAGCUUACACAACGGCAAACUUCCAUAUAUGAAAUGGUUUUUAAAAAAUUGCAAUAAUUUUCUGACACCUUUUUGUGUAUAUUAUUAGUUACAAGAAGAAGUGGUGUCAGUCAAAAGGAUCUAUGAAACUUAAUGAGCAAACACUCUGUGCACUUUCAGAUGAUUAAAAUAUACUGUGAUUCAUGGCAAUAACCAUUCAUGUAAAUGAAAUCAUUUAAAAUGUACAUAUACCAAUCUGACUAAUAUUUUGUGUGCAUGCAAUACAUAAAAAAUGAAGAUAAAAAGUUCAGUCCCUUUUGUCUUUCAAAUAGUUUGAAAUGGGACCAUCUGACAACAUCUGGAAGAGCAUGUUGCUUGAUUCUACUGUUGUAACUUAGUAUUUUACACAGGAAUGUACAUUAUGCAGAGACGUCUUUAUUUUUUAAUUUACAUAAAUUUCCAACAAUAACUGUUACUAAAAAUUUCCUUACAUAUUCUGAAUAACCUAUGUAAUAGCCUUGCUCAUUGUACAAGGUGCCACAAUAUUACGCUGCAUGGAAAAUAUUUGUUGUGUGCAACAGUAUACUAACAGAAACUUAUCACUACAAAAAUAGGUAAUCCAUACUUAAAAAUCAGCAACAUUUUUAUAUUGUGUGAUUUUAUUUAAUAGAAAUGUUUAAACUAGAGCAUUGAAUACUUCUACUUUCUUAACUAUACUUUCUCUUCCAACACUAAAUUCCUCUUUCAAGUAACACCAAAACUAGUUAAAUAUCAGAAUAGUAUGAAAACUUUUUUACAUGGCCUAACAUUCUAGAUAUUUUAAAUUUUAUUGUAGUCCAUUGCUUUGUGCUUCAUUUUUUGUAAACUACGUAGAGUAGCUUCAAAUGGCAGCCUACAUUUCAUUCAUCAGUCAUGCAUAAGACUAUCAAUUACAUUGAACAGUGUGACAUGCAAAAUUGCAAAGAAAUGUGAUUUCCUUGAUUUAAAAAAAAAGAAAGAUGUUCAUAUUGAAGCUCUUUAUAAUGAAAAACUCAGAUUUUUCUAGAGUAUACUUCAAUCUACUGCAAGAAAAUGUUAAAAUACGAAGAUUUUAAUACAAAAGGAACAACAGUUUUUAGAUUUUUUAAAGAUACAACUCCUUAUAUUUCUGAUAUGUCAUACCUAUGUCCUACAUUCAAAAUGAUUAAGUGGUGCAUCUCCAAAUUGUUCACCUGCUAUAAAAUUAUUCAAGCUAAAAAACUGAAAUAUGUCCAUAUCAUUUAACAUAUCACAUUUUACUUGCUGAACAAUAUAUUAUGCCUUUCUGAAAGGCUAUAAAACCAAUAUACUAUUUUCUCCUGAAGUUAGAUUUUAUUAGACCUCCAUUUUAAAAGACAUAUCAGAUAUUAUCCAUACCCAUGUUGGAAUUUUAAUGUGAAAUUUACUAACUUCAAUUAUUAAGUGUGUUCAGAGAUUGGGAAAUCACAUUUCUUGAAUCUGAAUUAGAUCUGCUUUCUACAGAUAUAUUUUAUGAAUAUUUCUCAUAAGAACUGAAUAAAUAUAUAAACAGUUUUGUUAAAUUAAAUCCUCAAAUUUUCAUUUUGAAAUAAUCGUUACUCUUUCAAUUAUGUCCAGUCUCCUGCACUCUGAUUUACAGCUGUGAUGUCUGUUCAGCAGACUUUAACUUUUAUCUCAUUUUGACAUUCACUGUUCUCCACUUGUAAAGUGACAACACUUGAUCGACCUGUUUUGACAACAUAAUGGUACUCCAGUGUGUAACUAUUUUUUUACAUUUUAUGUGUAGCAAUUGCUUGUGAUGAUGAUAUUUGUAGCAACUUACUUACAAAUUAAAGAGCUUCAAUUUUUUACUUAAUUGUGCAUAAAUUUUAAAAAAACACACAGAGUCCAUAUUUACAGAACAUUAACUGGAUAUCAUGUUUUAUAUGAACAAAUGUAGACAAUUGUGCCUACACUCUCUGUUAUUGAAUUGUCUAUAUUCUAUUGAAUUCAAUGUGAGACCAAGAAAAGAAACUUUUAAUUUUGAUGGAAAGAUACAUAUGAAUAAGAUGUGCUACCAUGGUGAAGUCCACAGUUCCACUAAAAUGAGCUUGUUUAAUGCAGAGAUUAUCAAUGCUGAUGAUUUUUUCUUCAUCCUGUUGCCCAUUCUGUGGCCUUUUGAGCCACAUAAUAGUGAUGAUGGUGAUGACAUGGAUGAUGGUGCUUAUGUAUUGUAAACAACAACUUUUAUAACUUGCAUUCCUCUAGAGCACAAUAUUUUGUACAUUUACUGUGUUGUUAUUUUUUGUCGUCAGUACAUUCACUUUCCUAUAAUGCUUGUGAGCUAAUGUUAACUAUUUAUUUACCAUAUAUAUUAUUUUCUGAUCAUUAUGUAAAAUGAUGAAUUUGAAAGUGGCAGUAAAGACUUUUGUUAUGACAAGAAGAAACAAGUGUAAAAAAGUAAUCUAUCAUACGUUAUGUUAUUGGCAUAGUAUUUCUGAUACAUUGUUUUAAAAAAAGAAGGUGUACAGGUAUUUUUGUAUAUGAGAAAUAACUUCAGUUUGUUAGUUGAACUGUUAAUAAUGGAGCAACUGGAGAGCAGUGUCAUUUGGAGCCAUCCAUCAACAGUUCAGUCAGCUGUAGAAGUUUCUCUGUUCCUUAAUUAAAUUGAUCAUUAGCUAAUCUUGCUCAUUUGUGCACACUGAAGUGUUACAGAAGUUUUUUUACUUAUGUCACUUGUUGUUUGUAUAUCUGAAUGAUAAAUUUUUAUAUUGUGUAUACAGUAAGUGUUUAUAAUAAUGAUAAA